AUGCCACCCUCACACCUCUUGGUUUUGAUUUGUGAUCUCAUGAAGAAAUUUCCAACUCACCAUGCUACUAUCCCAUUCUCAUUGCCUACAGAAGCUACCCCAUUCAGAGGGGGCCUUCCUAAUCUUGAAGAUGAUGAUGAAAACAACCAAAUCCCAGUGUUUCAAACCAGUAAGUCUUCAAUUCACGUUGCCAGCCAGCCUCCAUCUGGUCAAAUCCCUCCAUCUAGUCAAAUCAGUACUACUUCAAAUCUGAAGAUCAAGAUUAAAGUGUCUCGUGUACCUGAUCUUGAACCUGUUGUAACCAAAACUGAAUAUGAUCUAUGUGAUGAACCACUUCAUGAGGAAGAAGUUGUGGAAAGAAUGGAUCAAGGCAACACAGUAAUGGCACAACAAACAAUUGAGUCUGGAGAAGUUGAAGAUCAAGUGGAAGAGCAAGUGGAGACCAUUACACCCAAACCCAAGGGAAGAAAGAAUCCAUGUAAUCAACCUUUAAAUCCCGUUGCUGCUGAAGCCAAGAGGAAGGCUGCCGCAGAUAAACGCAAGGCUACAGCUGAUGAACGCAAGGCCGCUGCGGCGGAGAAACACACUUCUGUGAAGAGGAAAAAGAUAGACUCUCAAACUAUUUAUUUACUUUUAAGUUUCUUGACUCUCCUUAAAUGA